AUGGCGUCCACACCUGAAACCCAGACACCCAUUCGUCUAGACGGCACAACACUCGAAGGCGGAGGCCAACUUCUACGGGUAGCCCUUGGCCUCUCGAGCCUGACCAAAAGUCCAAUCCACAUCAUCAAGAUCCGGGGCAAGCGCUCCGGCGGCGGGGGACUUAAAGCCCAGCAUUUGACCUGUGUGCAGUGGCUAGGCCAAGCAAGCAAUGCGAACAUUAACGGUGCAGAUCUCAAGAGCAAGGAUAUCACCUUCGUCCCAUCCAGAACCGUCGAAAGAUCCAACAGCAUACUGACUGCUGGUGACGUGCGGAUCAAACAGAGCACCCCCGGAAGUGUCAAUCUAGUCCUACAGGCCAUCUUACCGUAUAUCAUCUUCUCUGGAGUUCAAACGCCGAUACGUAUACGCGUCGAUGGAGGCACCAACGUUUCCAACUCUCCAUCCAUCGAUUACGUCGUCCAGGUUCUCAUACCAACGUUGGAACGCAUCGGCAUACCACACAUCGAUGUUCAGAUCCAUUCGCGGGGCUGGUCACAGGGAAGUGCCACUGUUGGCAGCGUUACGUACACAAUUUCGCCUUUGAAAGAAAGGCUAUCAGCAUUUCAAUUACUCGACAGAGGAGAAACUGUCAGUGUAACGGCAACCAUCAUCGCACCCAAAGAUACUGAGCGGCAGUUUCGCAAGGAGCUCGAUGUUAUGUUUGAGAGACGCCAGUCUCGUUUCUUCGGCUAUGCGGGCGACCACGAUGAUAGGGUUGAUAUUACCUUCGAGGACUCAUACCACGACAAGCGUUACUACCUCCUACUAGUAGCUACCACGUCCACCGGUAUGAAGCUUGGCCGUGACUGGCUGUAUGAUCGGGGGUUCCGUGCUGGGAAGCUCGAACAGAUCAUUCCUACCAUCGUGAAGAAGAUUUCCGACGAUUUGUUGGCGGAGAUUGAGCAUGGUGGCUGCGUGGAUGAGUACCUACGCGACCAGUUGGUAGUGUUCCAGGCACUCGCUAAGGGAAGGAGUCAAGUGUAUGGGGGAAAGAGCGACGGCGAAUCGGUGAAGCCGAGUCUACAUGCCAAGACUGCGCAGUGGGUAGCAAAGGAGAUGCUUUGUGUGGAGUUUGAUGACGAAGGUGGGUGUGAAGGCAUUGGGUUCUUGCCAGGUGAUAUGAGUCAGUAUUAUAGUGCAGACCAUGGUCUUGCGAAGCAUCUGGAUAGCAUGAGCAUCUCUUCAUGA